GCUGGCUCCGAGUUCGCGGCUAUCACGGGGCGUUCGGCAGGGCGAAGUCCACGGGGCAGCUUGCCACGGAGUCGUCAGGGGGAGUUCUGACCGCAGUCGCGUCACACAUUGCUUUCGCAGGCUUGAGCCUCAAGCAUCUCGGUGUUCAGUCUGGGUAUUUCUCGAGGCUGAAGCUGAUUCGGGCCAACAUGGCCUUCCCCCACGGCCUGCUGCUGGGCUCGGUCUACGGUUUCGUGGACGCAUCCGACAAGGUGUUCACAUGGGAUAUGCUGGAGGAUUUGGGAGUGUUCCUGCGUCGGUCCAGGUCGCCGUGGAUUCUCGCAGGGGACUUCAACUUGCCGCCAGAGGAUACCAAGCUGUGCAAGUGGGUAGAGCUCCUCAAAGGCACGAUCGUGGCCCCAAGCGGUCCGACUUGCUUUGCGUCCAAGUCAGGGUCCACGAUCGACUACUACAUCGUAAGUCAGGGGCUGGCCAACUUUGUCAGCGAUGUUCGCACGGUAUACGGUACCCCUUCGUCGCCUCACGUCGCUGUUGCCAUGCAGCUCAAGGGCCCAACUCUGAACAUACCGCUGCAUGUUCGCAGGACAUGGAAGCCCUUCCCCACUUCCCAGCGGACGGGGCCUGUGCGGAAGCCUGCCGAGCACUGCUGGUCCUGGCCCGCAGGGGUGCUCGCAGGUGUUCGGCUGGAAGAUGCGUGGUGCCAGUGGCUGAGCAACAUGGAGCUGGAGCUGCGCAACCAGUUCGACAUCGUCGGUGCUGGGCAGAGAGGCUUCGUCGGCCGAGCUGACGGGUUCGAGCGGCGGCAGGUGCCUCUCGCCGUGUCGGUGGAAAAGGCGGCGUUGUCUGGCAGUGGGGCCCAGAUGCGAGCCUGGAGGUCGCUGGAUGCUAUUCUAUCCAGGUUCCAGGCGCUCCAGGACGACACCGUAGGUGCCAGCGAUGAGGCAGCUGUGCAGCCGUCCUCCACGUGCUCAGGUGGUGCCUGCGAUCGACGUGAGGAGCACGCGGGGGAGCGGCCAGCGGCGCCCAGCUUUGAUGGGCUCAGCACCGAGGGUCCGUCGCUUUCCCUGGGUUCCAUGGGCUUUGUCCUGCCUGACUACACGUCGCCGUACUCGGGGCCGACGCCGCUGGCUGGAGCUGAGGAGCUGGACCACCUCGACCUGUCGACGCUGAAGGGGGUCAAGAUCGUGGAGUUCGACCUGCACUCGCUGCGCAGCGUUGCGGAAGCGGGUGGGGAGGACCUGGCCACCCUGGCGACCAACGUCCAUCAAGCGGCGCUGGAGGCGUCCCAGGCGGCGGCAAAGGUGCAGCUGCAGGAGUGGAGAGAGUGGGCCCAGUCCGCGGUGAAAGCUGGUGGCCGUCGUGCUCACAGGUACCUGAAGGACUUGCCGCAGGUGAAAGGGCCAGUGGCUCCUGAGGGCUGGGCGCUGCAAGGGGAUGCGGCCGCGCAGGCAAUGCGCAUGGAUUGGUUGCAGUACUGGGGAGACGCCAAGGAGAGCAUCUCACAGAUCCAGGCAUCAGUCGCGCAGAGAGAUGAGCUGCCCAG